AUUCCCAUACACAGAAGCAAUAUGGCCAAUAAGUCUAACACACAGCGCAAACGACUCUCUGGCUGUCGGUGUCCAUCUUACAUACAUAGUAUGAAUUUAUAUAUGUAUGGUAAAAUAUAUUGUAGGGCGGAGUCGGAACAGUGAAGAACAAUGUAUAGUCAGGAGUUUUGUUCGUGCCUUGGAAUUGGGCGGCUUCUUAUUCUCGUUUUGUCUCUAUGCUUUCAACCCCUUUCUGCUCCCCGCCAUUAGCCAUAGGUGCAGGUUUUGAGGGUUUUCAGUGGAAGCAAUAAAUGGCUUCUUAUUAUCCAACUCUUAGCAACCAGGGGGACAACCUGCAAACAGCAUAUCCAGGGGACCAGAAACUUGCUUCUUAUCCUGAGCCUUCUUCCCAUACCAAUAACAAACCAAUGUACCCGAGUCAACCUUCUUCUGGGGCAUACUCAGAUUUCCUGCGUGGGAGUUCUUUUUCUCCUUACAGAUGUGUUGAAAUUGCAUCUCUGGGAGGAAGAAAUGAGAUGGAAUUCGUUCCACCUACAAGCGACGGUAUGAGUUUGCAUUCCAUCAAUGGGCAAUUAGGCACUGCCGAGGAAAGUGCGGUAGGUGACUCUGUUAGUGGGGAUCCCCAUGUGAUUUCAAGGACACAGCUAGACAUUCGAAAUGGCGAACAGAAUUUUCAAUCACAGGUUUUAUCUCUGAGCCUUGGCAUGCUGAUCCCAUCUGGAGUAGUAAUGCCUUCAAUUCAGUACCACUACCCAAACCUGGGUUUGGCUUCAUUGGUGAGUACUUCUCUUCCAAUGUCAGGGAAGGAAACAACAUCUAUUCAGGCAGAUGAGAGCAAUCAAACAAAGGAUUUGAGGUAUUCUCAACGUUUGGCCUCAAAUUUUGAUGUUGAUAACAAAAACGAUACCAAAUUAGAGGCUUGGGACAAUCCUUGGUACCUAACAAACCAAAAGGAUACGCACUCAGAUACAUAUUUACAAGGACCGUCAGAUUUUGGAAAUCCUGUUUUGAGUUCCAAAUAUCUCAAGGCAGCUCAGCUGUUACUCAAUGAAGUUGUUAGUAUCCAAAUGGCUGAAACACAACCUGAAUCAAAUAAUCAUCAAAACUCCUUUGGGAAGGAAAUUGAUGGAAGAACUAGCAGUCAAUCUAUGCAGCCUGGACCGUCAAAGCCUUGUGAAUCAGCUACCAACUCCUCUUCUGAACUAUCACCUUCAGAAAGGCAGGAUUUGCAGAACAAGAAGACAAAACUUAUGUCCUUGUUGGACGAGGCAAAUAGAAGAUACAAACAAUAUUAUCAUCAAAUGAAAAUUUUGGUUUCGUCGUUUGACACGGUAACUGGUCGCGGGGCAGCUAAAUCAUACACAGCACUCGCCCUCCAAACAAUUUCCCGCCAGUUUCGCUGUCUGUGUGAUGCAAUCGGUGGUCAGAUACAAGUGAUUCAGAGAAGCCUCGGCGAGCAAGAUUCUUCACUAAGUGGUCAGAAAGUGAUACCUCGACUCCGCUAUGUUGACCAUCAACUGAGACAACAGAGAGCUCUUCAGCAGCUUGGUGUCAUGCGACAUGCUUGGAGACCACAGAGAGGACUUCCUGAGAACUCUGUUUCAAUCCUUCGAGCUUGGCUAUUUGAGCAUUUCCUUAAUCCCUAUCCUAGCGAUCCAGAGAAGAUCAUGCUAUCUCGGCAGACAGGCUUGUCUAGAAACCAGGUGGCCAAUUGGUUUAUAAAUGCACGGGUGCGUCUUUGGAAACCCAUGGUUGAGGAGAUGUAUAAGGAAGAAUUUGGCGAUUCAGAGGUAAACUCUAAACCUUCAUCAGAGGAUGCAUCUGACGCACGUGGGAAAGAUAUCUUGGCGUCUGAGGAUAGGGGUGAAGAAUUGCAGGAUAGUGUGAUAUCCACAACUGAAGAAAGUGAGCAAGUCCAUGACUUAAAGACUAGUCAUGUUUCUUAUUCUGAAAUGAACAAUCAAAUGCAAAGAACAGUGUUCCAAACUGGGGAUCAUAGAGAUAAUGUGAUGGAUUCGAGGAUUAUGGUGCCACAGGGUGACCCGAGGUCUAACAUGGACGGCGAGAGCCUUUAUUCUGAAGGCAUUAUCACACCAACCCGGAUUGUUAAUGGGAGUUUUAUGGCUGCUACUGCAACAAAUUACCUGCCCGAGUUGAGUGGUCUUCCGGAAGGCAGUCAGGUCUCACUCGCAUUGGGGUUACAACAUCAUGAAACUGAUGUAUUCACCAUGGCUGCCGCUGCCAACACUAGAAACAAUAGUACAGUUGAGUCCCCGGUGGGACCUGACGUAGCGGAUUACUAUUCCGUGGUUUCAGGAAAGCAACAGGACAGGUUUGGCAAUUCCCAUCUCUUCCAUGAUUUUGUGGUUUGAAAGAAUACUUGCCUUUGGCUUUCGGGGUAAUCUCUCAAGUUAAAGGUGACUGAAGUUUUCGGAAGGGGGAAAAACUUAUACUCUGUGAUUUUGCAUUUUACGAAUAGAAUUUCAUGUGGAUCAUGCGGAGCUUACGAAUUCACUUGGAUUCUGUGCAUAUAACUCAGCAGUUGGGAUAACUGGGAUAGCAACUGUUGAAAUCUUUAUCAUUUUCGAGUUACUAGAUGUAUAUAUGGGUGUGAUACAUAUGGAUUGGUUGACCUGUAGGUAUACUUGUAAACAUAUGAAAAGGUGCACAUAGUUUUCUGUAUCUUGUUGAAUAAGGAAUGUACAAUGUUGUUCUGGAAUAAAUAUGAUAACAAAGAAUCAAGUGAUAUGUCA